AUGUCGUACAUUGAUGUGCACUUGGAUUUGGAAGACCGCCUGGCAAAAUUUAUGAAGACAGAAGAAGCCAUUAUAUACUCAUAUGGAUUUGCCACCAUAGCCAGUGCUAUUCCUGCUUACUCUAAGAGAGGGGACAUUGUGUUUGUCGAUAAAGCUGCCUGCUUUGCUAUUCAGAAGGGAUUACAGGCAUCACGUAGUGACAUUAAGCUAUUUAACCAUAAUGAUAUGGAUGACCUGCAGCGACUAUUGAAAGAACAAGAGAUUGAAGAUCAAAAGAAUCCUCGCAAGGCUCGUGUAACUCGACGUUUCAUUGUAGUCGAGGGGUUAUAUAUGAAUACUGGAACUAUUUGCCCUCUUCCAGAAUUGAUUCUUCUCAAAAUAUAUUGGCUACUUGAGAGAUGUCAUUACACUCCUGUGAUUUAUACAGAAGCGUACUGUCUUGUCCACUCUGACUGGCGGGCUUCCCCAUCAAGAAGUCUCUUAGUGAAACUCCAUGCCGCUCAGACUCUGAUUCUGAAAAAUCAACUUUCAAAUAUAAACAUUCCUGAAAUCAGAAAACUGUACAUAUUAGCUGCCGAAAACUGGGUUUAAACCCAAUUUUACACCCUCUUGUUUGACUGCAGUCAGGGUGGAGUGAAGGAGACAGUUGGGUUUUGAAUUCCUGAACACUGGAGAUGGAAAGGGAGUGAAGCCCGUGGGACAAAGUGUGCAGGUAGCCACAAAGCUGCCCACGGACCUCCUGGAGCACAACUGCGUGUUCUUAAUGGUAGAUUACCUUGGGGUAAUUUUCCAUUCGUUUAAUAAAUAUUUGCUGAAGAACCUAUUUAGUGUCACUUAUCCUUCUGAAGGAAGAAGUUAAAUAUUAAUAAAAUGCUCCAGGUUUAAUUUA